AUUCUUGCGGUUGCCGGAGACGAUGAAAAAGUGAGGUUUUGUGACCUGGGAAAAGAGAAAUGGCUGUGUGAGUUUAAGGCUCAUGAAAACAGAGUGAAGGCGGUCGACAGCUUCGUGAUGGAGGAUCAUUGCAUACUGGUGACGGCUUCAAAUGACGGAUUCAUCAAAAUGUGGAAACUUUAUCUAAAAGAGGAGCUGGAGUCUCCCACUCUGCUCAUGGAAGUGAACACAACGGCCCGCCUGACGUGCCUCGCUGUGUGGAAACCUUCGUCUGUGCAGCCGCCCGCUGAGGAACCAGCCGCUCCGACCACGACCCCUCAAGAACUGAUUCAGGAGCUUUCAAAGACGAAGAGAGUCCGGAUUGCAGCAGAAGAAGUUAUUCUAGAAGACGAGAGCAAACCCAAGAAGAAGAAAAAGGGCGGUGGAAAAAAACCAACAGAAUAAUUAAACCUGUUUUGUUAUUCAUGGACUGUUUUAUAUAUUUUUGUCACAUAUGCAAGUGCUCUUUGCUGUUGCUACAGGUUUUGUGAAAAUAUUUUGUGAAUAUAUAUUCCUUUCCCGUCAACAAUGAAAAUAGGAACAAUACGAGGGAAAAUUAGAUCGUCAACAAUAAAACAUGUUUUAUAAUCCUCAGAAUUGUUUUCUGUGGCAAUGCUCUUGUUUCCCAUAGUGACGGGAUAAAGCAACGGUGCAUUUAAGAGAUAUGUUAGCUGUUUUUGGGGCAACAUAGCACAAGUCUAUUUUGGAGUCAUUGCUUUCUGUCUAUGGCAAGGUUUAAGACUCAUGAUGUAUGUAUCAAUAAAAAACAAUUAAGUCUUACCAUU